AUGACUUUCAAAAACCUGACGCUGUACACCACCUCGGCGGUGCUGAUUCUCGACACCGAUGGCAACCGCGUGAUGGCCAAGUAUUAUCAACCACCACAUGCUGCUAACUUCCUUUCGACAGCAACAGUGGCACAGCAGAACGCAGUCGCAGCCACAACUCCACAACUCUCCGCCAAGAAUCCGUUGUCAACAUUGAAGGAGCAGCGAGCAUUCGAAAAGGCCAUUUUUGACAAGACCAAGCGAGCAACGGGCGAUAUCAUUCUCUAUGAUUCGCAACUCGUCCUCUUCAAGGCAUCGCUUGAUGUCAUUUUCUACGUCGUUGGCCCGGCGGCCGAGAACGAGCUAAUGCUCUCUGGUCUACUCGGCGCAUUCUACGACGCUACAAGCAUGUUGGUGCGUCACCAGGUGGAGAAGCGUGCUAUCCUGGAGAACUUGGAUUUGGUUACCUUGGCGCUGGACGAGACGGUUGACGACGGCAUCAUUCUUGAGACGGACAGCACUACCAUUGCAUCGCGUGUGUCCCGCCCACGACCGGAUGUCAACGAGAUCCAGAUCAACGAGCAGACCAUCAUGAGCGCAUAUUCGAGUCUCAAAGAGCGGGUUGCGCAGAGAAUCUUGCAAGGAGGUCUCUGA